UGGGCAGGGCCCCAGGGUGGGUGGGGAGCCCCCAGCCCAGCACAUUGGGCAUGUUUAGGGGUGACUCUGCUCUUGCACAUGUGGGAGGGCUGUGUGGCUGGGGUGAACCUCUGGUACCAACAGUCGUCGGACACCUGAACAAGGGAACGAUACCGAAGGAACGCGGUUAGUAUGAUGAAAACAAGAAAUUGGAGCAGGAAUACUCAAUAGCCUUAGGCAGAGAGCCUUAGCCUUACACUGUGCCCUCAAAAAGGCCAACUAGAGUGUGUGGAAAAUUAAAUCUGGUCAUCAAAGAAACUUGAUAAAUGGGCUGGAAGGGUUAGUGGACGCAACUGAAGAGCAAGUAGAUGCAUUGGGUGAUUAAGCCGAGGACUCGCAGCAUGAAAGGACGAGGGACGAAGGUGUAGCUGCAGAGGACAGAGUUCAUUUUUUUGGUCCAAAAGGAGACAAAGCUGCAGGAGGGAACUUCCCAAAGCUGAGAAUGUCCUGGAACUCAAGAUUGAAAGAGGCAACAAGGGCCAGGCAGGAUGAAUCUACCACUGGACAGGGGUUGAUGUUUUAUUAGAGCCUAAAUAUUAACAAACAGAAACGAGACAACUUGCAAGAGAAUGUAACAAAUACUAGAAACAAGAAAAAAAGGUAGUAAUUAUCUCCAAAUCCUGAGGGAAAAUAAUUGCACACUCAGAGUUCUAUACCCAGCUGAAUGUAAGACUAAAAACACUUCCUGAUGACAUGGGAGGUCUCAGAUCAUAUGGCAUCAAAAACAAUUCCUUUUUGAAAAUACUACUAAUUGAUGUUCUCUGGCAAGAAGAAAAACUAAUCCAGGAAAUGGAAUAUGAGAAACAAUGAUGAGUCAAGAAUGAUAAAAAUUUGCUAAGUCUAAGAACGUGUUGGCUGCUUAAGGAUUAGUAACAAUUUGGGACUAAAAUUAUAGAUGUUAUGAAAAAGAGGUAGUUUAUGGGACAGAGGAAAGCAUGCCAAAGCUCUUGUCGAGGUGCAGAUUCAAAAUGAGUACAGUACUGGUACCGUAAGGUUAAGUAUGUGAGUGAAAGUGUUAAGGGAAAUCUCCAUAAAAUAGAGUAUAUAACUUAUAAACUAUUGGAAACACUGAAAUGGGAAAAAUGAAAUAAAUCCAGCAAUACUAGGAAUGCGUGAAAAACAAAGCACAGGAAAUAGAAAACAAAAGUGACACCAGGAAUAGAUCAAAUAUUUCAGCAAUUGCGAUAAAUGUGUAUGUGUGUUGAGUAUGCUCAGUUGUGUCUGACUCUUUGCGAACCCAGGGACUGGAGCCUUUAAGGCUCCUCUGUCCAUAGAAUUUUCCAGGCAAGAAUACUGGAGGGGGUUGCCAUUUGCUUCUCCGGGGGAUCUUCCCGACUCAGGGUUCGAACCCAUGUUUCAUUAUUGUCUCCUGCAUGCAGGUGGGUUCUUUACCAAUGAGUUAAAUAUGCCUAUUCAGGAAAAGAACUCCAGAGAUAAAAAACAAAAUCCUGUCUUCAAGAAACACAUAUAAAUGACAACAACCCAGAACAGUUUCAUAGCAGAAGGGAAAAUACAUUCUUAAAAAAGUCCUAACCAAAGGAAAUAGAUGAGUGUACAUCAGAAUCAGACAAAACAGAAACCAAAGGAAGAAUACUUUAAAAGGGACAAAGUUUGACUCAUUCAUUCAAGGCUGCAAGAAGCAAUCUGUCAGCAAAAUAAAGGUUAUGGAAUGUUGUUCCCCUAACAGCAUAGUUUCGAUAUGUUUAAAAUAAACACUCACAGAACUAUAAAGAGAAAUGGUCGGUUUCAGUUAGGGAUAGGUUUUAGUACUUUUCAAACUGACAGGUCAGAGAGGCACGACUAGGGAUAUACGUACACAAGCAGUCCAAAGAGACAUUGCAUUGUUUUCAAAUGUACGUGGAUGGGGCGUCUGCAGCUCCAGGCAGGCUAGUUCGUCUUGGAUGGAGUGACUCAAGGAAGAGAUGGAGGAGGUGGCACUUGAGUUUAUCGUGUGCAGAUUGGAUUUCAUUGAGUGAGAUUAUGAGUGGAGGGAACUGUAUACCAGCUGAAGGGAAGCUCCUGAACAAAGACAUGGACGCCAGAGUACAUUAGGGGAGUGGAGGAAAACAAGGCAGGAGAGGUGUGAAAGGACAGCAUGAACUUUACCCCGACACAGUCCCCUGUCUGCAGAAAGCCUGCAGCUGUCCACAAGCAUGAGGCUGCCGGCAGCUUCAGCAGCCCCACCAGGUGGAAGGGUGUGUCCUUCUCCGAUUCUGUACAGUCGACUCCCCUGCCUUCGGUGGAGGAUCGCUUGGCUGUCCUCUGCCCGUCUCAGGAGCUUCUGGAGUAUUAUCAGAAGAAGAUGUCUGAGUGUGAGGCAGAGAACGAGGACUUGCUGAAGAAGAUGGAGCUGUACAGGGAAGCGUGCGAGGGGCAGCAUAAACUGGAAUGGGAUUUGCAGCAGAGGGAGGAAGAGAUUGCUGAGUUGCAGAAAGCUCUGAGUGACAUGCAGGUCUGCCUCUUCCAGGAGCGAGAGCACGUCCUACGCCUCUACUCAGAAAAUGACCGCCUAAGAAUCAGGGAGCUAGAAGAUAAGAAGAAGAUUCAGAAUCUCUUGGCUCUUGUGGGAACAGACACUGGAGAAGUGACCUAUUUUUAUAAGGAGCCUCCCAACAAAGUCAGCAUUCUCCAGAAGACUGUCCAGCCUGUAGAAGUACGUGAAAAGAAUGAGUCUUCGGCUCUCAGAGCAGACUCGAAAGGCAGCAGGCGGAAAUCAGCAGGGAGAGAAAAGGAGGUGAGCACUGGGCUGCAUCAGAGAGACGUCCAGACCCUUGCCCUCCAGGUGGAGGCGCUGCAGGCGCAGCUGGAGGAGCAGACCCGGCUCUCACGGGAGCAGGUGGCAGGGCUCAUGGAGGAGAGGCAGAUCUGCUUCGAGGAAGUGCAGGUUCAUCAGCAGAGAAGCCGGGACAGAAUCACAGAGCUCACCAGAAGUCUCCACCACACCCAGGAGCUGCUCUAUGAGAGCACCAAAGACUUUCUGCAACUCAGAUUUGAAAACCAAAAUAAGGAGAAGUCCUGGAUGCUUGUAAAGGAUCACUUGAUGUCAAAGAUUAAGGAAUACAGGAUGCAGUGUAAGAAGAAAGAAGAGAAAAUGGGAAAAAUGUAGCUAGUUCAUGAGAGUCAUCACAACCAAAAUGAAUAUAUUAAGUCCCUAAAGGAUAAGCUCAUACAAGAGAGAAGGCUGUCCAGCAUGUACCAAGAGCAGUGCAUUUCCCUGGAAGAAGAGCUGGCCCGGAUUCGUGAGGAGGAAGGAGCAAGGAGAGAGAUCUUUAAGGACCGCACCAGCAAGAUGGGGAGAUGCCUGCAGGCCAUGACUAAGCGCUACGAGGCCUUGGAGACCCGGCAUGUCUUAGAGGCAGACGGCUUUAAGACAGACAUUAAGAUUCUCCGGCAAAAACUAAAAGACGUGGAGCAGAUACUCUAUAAGGCCACACUCAACGCCCAGGCAAACCAGGAUCUUGCCAUUCUGUGUGAGGUUCGUGAUAGCAAUCGACUGGCACACAAGAUACAGGGAGAACUGAGGAACCUCAAGUCCAAAGUGUUUGGUCUAGAGAAUGAACUUAGGCUCUGCUGAUGUUACAGUUUAGGAAUGGCACAGGUCUGGAGUAGAUCUGCCUCCUGAAAUUCAAGAAAGUCAUCCACUCCCAGAAACCAUAGGCACAGAGUUGUCCAGAUUAGUGGUGUCCGUUGUUAUGAAGACAAGGGGAAGAAUCAACUUUUUUUUUUUUUUUUUUUUGCAUCUUAAGAUUUAUGGGUUUUGCUGUCCUGUUAAUUGAUACUGGGGUUUUUUGAUUAAUUAAAUUUUUUUUUUGGUCUGGA